ACUGAAAGGCGUCGGCGGCCGGGCGGGGAGCGGCGCGCGCGGGCCGCGGCGGAGCCAGAGGCUGCAGGAAGAGCCCGCGGGGGCCCGGAGGGUGCGAUUCCUCGGCCCCCGCAAAACAAUGUGUGUUGUGCGCCAGGACGCAACUUGCCGGAGUUGGCGGGGGCGCGCCGAGCCCGCCUGAGACCGCGCUGACCUUCUCCCCCCGCCGUCCGUUGGGCCCGAGCGCCCAGCUCCUCGCUCCCCAGUUCGCGGGGGCCGGGCCGAGCCGCGGGGCGGGGCCGCCCCUCCGUCGCCGCUGCCUCCUCCUCCACCCCCAGCCGCGGAGGAUGCGGACGGCCCCCGGCGGCGUCUAGCGGCCCCGGGCCCAGGCGCGAUGGUGCAGCAGCGGGGCGCGAGGGCCAAGCGGGACGGCGGGCCGCCGCCCCCGGGACCCGGGCCGGCCGAGGAGGGGGCGCGCGAGCCCGGCUGGUGCAAGACCCCGAGCGGCCACAUCAAGAGGCCGAUGAACGCAUUCAUGGUGUGGUCGCAGCACGAACGGCGGAAGAUCAUGGACCAGUGGCCCGACAUGCACAACGCCGAGAUCUCCAAGCGCCUGGGCCGCCGCUGGCAGCUGCUGCAGGACUCGGAGAAGAUCCCGUUCGUGCGGGAGGCGGAGCGGCUGCGGCUCAAGCACAUGGCGGAUUACCCGGACUACAAGUACCGGCCGCGCAAAAAGAGCAAGGGGGCGCCCGCCAAGGCGCGGCCCCGCCCCCCCGGUGGUAGCGGUGGCGGCAGCCGGCUCAAGCCCGGGCCGCAGCUGCCUGGCCGCGGGGGCCGCCGAGCAGCGGGAGGGCCUUUGGGGGGCGGGGCGGCGGCGCCCGAGGACGACGAUGAAGACGACGACGAGGAGCUGCUGGAAGUGCGCCUGGUCGAGACCCCGGGGCGGGAGCUGUGGAGGAUGGUCCCGGCGGGACGGGCCGCCCGGGGACAAGCGGAGCGCGCCCAAGGGCCGUCGGGCGAGGGGGCGGCCGCCGCCGCCGCCGCCUCCCCGACACCGUCGGAGGACGAGGAGCCGGAGGAAGAGGAGGAGGAGGCGGCAGCGGCUGAGGAAGGUGAAGAGGAGACGGUGGCGUCGGGGGAGGAGUCGCUGGGCUUUCUGUCCAGGCUGCCCCCUGGCCCGGCCGGCCUGGACUGCAGCGCCCUGGAUCGCGACCCGGACCUGCAGCCUCCCUCGGGCACGUCGCACUUCGAGUUCCCGGACUACUGCACCCCCGAGGUUACCGAGAUGAUCGCGGGGGACUGGCGCCCGUCUAGCAUCGCAGACCUGGUUUUCACCUACUGAGCCCACCGUCAGCGGGGCGCGCACGCCCCCAAACCAGCUGUUUACAUACAGGAAUCAGGUAUUGGGGCCCCUCGGAGGCCGAGGCUGGCACCCCAUCUCCCGCGCAGCCUCCCCCCUCCUGGACGUGCCCAUCCCCCGUCAGAUCCAGACAUGCCCCUCCCCCGCAGACACACCCCAAGGCAGCCCAACCCCCACCCCUUCCCUGACACCCAAGCCCCUCCCCACGUUGCCCCCUCCUGCACAGCCACCAGCAGCCAGCCCCCUCCGAUACACCUCCCGUCCUCUCCUACAGACCUGCACCCCUCCCCCCUUUUGCACACGCCCCUCCUCGUGGCCGGAGGACCCGCCCCCUCCUUUGCUCCGGAAUCUCUCCUCCCUCGCCCGGCCUGCCUUCUCUGGGUUAGGGGGGCGAUGCGGCUGGGUGGCAACGCACGCUCCUCCUGUGCCCCUCCCUUCCCUGGGGGGAGGGGCGCGCUCCUUUUAUCCCCGGAGCGCUAGGGCCCGCCUCUCCGCUGGGGCCCACCCCCUUCAUGCGCAUGCUUAAUGCUUCUGGGGAGGAGGGGGCUGGUCCCAGUGGAGCCGCACUCUUCGCCCGCUCCGGGCAAAAGCGGGGGCGAAUGUAGAGCGAUCCUGGGAAAUCCUUUGAUCCGGGAGCCCUAGGUUUCCUCUCCACCCAACGGGGCGUCGCUGCCUUAAUGGGAGGAGCACUCGGAAGGGUUGGUUUGGGCCUGAGACUCUCCCAAGUGGCAUAGCCCCUUUUCCGGCAUGGGGUCUCCUACACCCACGCGCACCACCUCUCCGGUCGCGUGGCUGCCUCUACAGCCUAUCUAUACGUCCCUUUUUUCCCCCAACUGGGAAUUGAGAGGUAAGGUCUUUCUCUGGAAAUCCAGCAGUAGAGGAAGGGACCACCCAAGAAAACUAAAAACCAAGGCACCUUACCAGUCUGUUUGGGGACAGGAUCCCUGCUGCACCUUCCCCACCCCCUCCUGGGAAGUGCCCCCUCACCUCAGGGCACCCGCAACCUGGGCUCCUCCCUAAGCCCACCGGCCCUUCGUGUCACCCAGGUCCACCCUCAGUACUCAAGCUGCAGUGUACAGCGGGAAAAAACUGAGGCACUUUGGUGCUAGGGGUUUGGGACUGAGGCGUGGAUAGCAGAUGUGAUGGCAGGAAGACUCUCGCUUUUAAACAUCUGGUUUGGGAGAGACCAUCGACUUGGCCAGUGAGACUGAGAAUGGAUUCCGAGUAGUGAUGGGCCGUUUGCACCUCGGUUUUUCCACGUGAGAAAUGGGGAGAACGCUGCUGUUAGGAGGAAGUUGGGUCCAGUUCAGGGUGCCGUCGGGAGCCCUGUCCCUGUUGCUGUGACCCCUCUCACGCCGCCAUCGCUCUGCCCAGCCCCGCCCCUCCGGCCUCCCCACACCCCCCUUGCCCUCACUACCUGUAUCUCACCGGCGUGUGUUCACCCUCCCGGGUGGCUCACACACUCUCAUUCACACACACAAAUCUCAGGAACAAACGGUCCCAGAGUCCUCCGGACCCCUGCCCAGGGUCUCUGCAGGUCUCUGCCCCACGCGUUCCCGUCGCUGACAAAGCCACCAGCUGCCUCCUUUAAGCUUGGUGCUCCGGCUCUGGGCCUUUCUUGCGCUCUUUCUUUCUUUCUUUCUUUUUUUUUUUUUUUAAGAAAAACAACAACAACAAAAAAAGACAAUGGAAAAAAAAAACGUCAUGUGAGUGAAGAGAUGUCACUGUCUGUGGUCUUGGAGAACUAGUCUCGUAGCUGAGGGGUGGGGUCCCUCUGUCUGGGGCACUGGCACCCACAGCAGGACUCCGCCAGUCUGAUGCCAGAACUGAAUAAAGUGUAUUUGCCCCGAC